CGCUGCCCUGACCGUUACCGUUCAAACAGCUUCGCGCUGCUACCGGCGAAGCGUCCGUUCUCAGCCCAAUUACUGAACGAAGUGUUGAACCAGUCCCACCAAGAUGGCUUGCGGUAAAUUUGUAAUUCCCUAUGGCUUCAAGACUCUUGUAGAAACACUGGGAAAAUCUGUUUUGCUGGUACAGCCUGUGGAUGUACACCAGUUUGCCUCAGUCUAUUUCAAGAAAUUACUGGAAUUUCGAGCUGUUAAUCCAACUCUUGAUUUAAGAGAACUGGUGAGAUUAUUCUAUGUAAACAAAGUUAUACACUCAGGCCCAGAGGAGAGAAAAAAAUGGUUAUCAGAUUCAGAAGAACCAACAGAUCCAAGUGGAACUACAUCAUCCAAUGCGCUUGCACCCACUGAUGAAGCAGCUUGUUUUCUUAAUAAGAAAACCUCAUUAGAAGAUGUACCUAUUUUGCAUGAGAAUUUAAGCCCCAGUCUACUAAUGAGUGAAACCAGUUUAAAUAAACAUAAUAUGGUGUCUAAAAAAGAGAUUUCUGAUAUUGUAAAUGAAGAACCACCUAGUUUUGUAUACAUUUACACAAAUAUUUGUUCCGUCAACCAGGAUGAAUCUGGAUUUACAUACAUUUAUACGAAUUCUUCUUCAGCCAACCAAGACAUUGAAUCAACUAGCCUUGAAUGUGGACCAGUUCAUCUCGAAGUAGAAACAGGACCUGUAAUAAACAAUGCACUUCUCGCCAGUUGUGAAUCUACACCUCAACGACAAUUCAACCACCCUUUAGCAUUGGCUCGAGGAAAAAGAUCCAAAAAUGAUUUUAGCACCACUAAACAAAUAACUGCUCACAAAAGCCAACCAGUAUCUCGUAAAUCAGAGUCGGUUCCAGAGACGUUUUCAGUUCAUUGUUCUCCUUCAUCAGGCACAGCAUUGUACAAGAAAGCAGUCUCUGUGGCACACAGAGCAGUUCCAGUUCACAUUGAGGCAAUUCAAACCCAUACUGAGCACACCUCAGCCUUGUAUCCUGAUGCGUCAACACUGAAUAGUUACGAACAACUUUUACUUGCUCUUGGAAGGAUUUCAAAAGCAGCAUCAGCCGAAUUGGAACUUUGUCAGACAGAUUCACCUGUGUACAUGGUUGACAUGACACCAGGUGACCAUAAAAAUCAACCUGAGAAAUGUAAUUCUGGUGAAUGCUUUUCAAUCCUCAAAACUAGGAAAACCAAGAAGGAAAAUCUGGGAAGUUUUUUGUACACCAAGAAAACAGAUGUGAAUGAAAACGAUAUAAAGAAGAUGGAAAUCAGGAAGGAAUCUGGAAUUAAUGAUGCUGUAAAUGAAAUACAGGAAACAGAUCCUCUAUCAUCAAAUUCUCAAAAUGAAAAUGUAUUAAGUCAGCACACUUCAGCUUUAGAAAAUGAGCGCUCUGCUUACCACAGUUACAGGCAUGUUCCAGACUCUCAACUGGAUUUACAGCUUUUUCAUUCAGAAACUCAGCAGGAAGCACUUAAUGUCUUAACUGAAAUUUUUCAUAAGGUAUUUGUACGACUUGGUGCUUUGGAGUUCCAAGUGCAAGAUCUGGUUAAUCGUUUUGAAAGCCUGAGCACAACUGUAAAUGAGAUACAUUCUGCAAUGAACAUCAAUCCAUCAGGGGAUUCAAUUCAUACAGAAACUUUUCAACAGUAUGAGAAAUUAUUUCCAUAGUUUUACAUGAAAGAUACAUCUGCACCCCUUUUUGAGUAACAGUAAGCCACUGACACUUAGUGAAGAUCAGGACACAAAAUUAAAUUAAAAUUCUCUGCUCAAGUAUGGAUUUGUAAUUGAAUGGUUCUUUAUUAUAUAAUAUAUUUAUAAAUGUUCUAUUUAACUGUACUACUUUGAUUUUAAAUAAAAGGUCACUGUUUUAAGAAUUACUUAACUCAGGAAU